UCAGUUUUACGCCGACCGCACAACAGCGAACACGCAGUCUGCCGCUGGCAGUUCUCUCACCGUCCGUCAGUCCGUCAGUCCGUCAGACCGCCUGUCAUUCUCCCCCACUUGCUCCCCCCCACCCCCUUCGCAACCCACCAACACUAGUCGACCGACCGUCACCCCCGUCGCUCGGGACGCGCUCUGUCACUCGCUAUCCGUCGUCCGUGUCGUCGUCUCCCUCUUCGGCACCACAGCCGUCACUCUUUUGUCUUUCGCCGUUGCGCGAACGCUAGAGAGAACAUAACCGAAAACCGUGCCGAGUCUCUUUCCGCGCCGGUCGUACGCCGCAACACUCUGCUGUUGCAGUGUCGUAGUCCUUUUACCUCCCCCCAAAAUAAAUAAACACUUAACACGCCGAAAUCUUUUUCGGUCCUUCCAGUAGAAGACCUCUGUUUGCUGCAACGGAUCCAACGUCGCCAGACAAGAACACCGGCUACGCAGAGUGCCGACCGAUCUUCGCUGAACCACGACUGCAACUGGUUGUGCGAUCGCGUUUUAUAUAAAUCACUUACAUUGUCGUAUAUAUAGCAAUAGAAUUGGCAGUAUCAUCGCAGCCGCACGAUGAGGGUGGAACUGGAAUCUGCCGUCAAGUUUAUCAUAUCAAUGCUGCGCGCAGGACACCGAUCGAAGUUGGUACGCAGUAAGGGUGACAAGUUCUUUCUGGAACCCGAAAUUGAGAUGCUGCAGCUUUCGCUGUUGACCGUCAUGAACCGCCAGUACAAAGAUUUCUGGUUUCCGGAGUCUCCGAACCGUGGAUCCGCAUACCGGUGCAUCAGAAUCAACAAGGAUAAGAUGGACCCGAUCAUCGCCCGCGCAGCUGAUGCGUGUGGCCUGUCGUGCCACCUGAUCCGCGCAUACUUGCCCGACGAACUUACGUUGUGGGUUGACCCAUCUGAAGUAUCCUACCGCAUUGGUGAGGAGGACGGAAGCAUUUGCGUACUGUAUGAGGGCCCGGUACAACAACCGCACGAAAUGGCCGCCACACAGCCGGGCCGACCUUCAUCGUCAUCGUCGUCUUCGUCUUCGGUGUCUACGUCCCCAGGAUCGUUGUCCUCAUCUUCGCCGCCGUUCAAUAACAGCCACAACCGCAACAGCCAUCUCCAUCUCCAGCACCAACAGCAACAGCAGCAUCUCCAGCAACAACAGCAACAACAUCAGCAACAACAGCAACAGCAACAACAGCAACAACAGCAGCAACAGCAACAACAGCAGCAACAGCAACAACAGCAACAGCAACAGCAGCAGCAAAUACAUCAGGCCGACGGCAUGUAUUCCAACUACACGUCCCCGGUUAAACCGUCGAACGUGAUCACGUUCGUGCCGCCCACAUACGGAUCUCCAGUACAAUUCGUACAUUCACCUUACCAGUCGUAUCCCGCUUUUAUUUCCAGUUAAUUUUAGAGAAAACGUAUUCACACCGAUUCAAAAGGAAAAAUGCUUAUUUGAUGUGUAUUUUUAGUGAUUAAGAAUGAAACGAAAAAAAUUAUUAAAAAGCUUAUACAUCUAGAUUUAUAUUAUUUAUUAGGUAAGUACCUAUAUAUACAUAUUUAUUUGAUAUAAUAAUAUAUAUUAUAUUAACAAUACAUAUAUAAGUAUGUGUGUUGGUAAGAUUUUAUUUGCAAACAAAAAAAUAACAUCGUAAUUUAAACACGAAGCACUCAGUAUAUUGCAUUUUAUACGAUACCCAUCCCCCUCCCAAAUAAAUCCCACCCAUGACCACCCAUUGAUUGCAGUGAUCUCACAAAUCCUUAAGAAGUAUGCUUAUAGGACGUUGAAUUAUUAUUAUCGGAUUGUGUGUGAUUCCUCUCCCUCUUGAGACACAGUUUGUGAGCAUACGUUUCACUAUAAUAAUAAUACGUACGUGUAAAGCACAAUAUGAUACUAUCAUUAUUAUGUUAUACCUAUCUAUAUGUCACCUAUACUGCAAGGAAAAAAAAAUAUCGAUAAUGGAAACCGUUCUCAAACCCCACUCCUUCCCAAUUAAUUUUUGAAAUUUGUACUGGGUGCUUACUUGAAAGCUGUCGAAUAUUAUAAGGUCCUCAAAAAAAAAAAAAAGUGAAAACAAAACAAAUAUAA